AUGGUCGGGGAGACAGAGGUGAAGGAGAGACCCAAGUCCAACCCGGACUAUCUCAUGCAGCUGAUGAACGACAGGAAGGUGAUGAGCUCCCUGCCCAACUUCAGCGGCAUCUUCACGCAUCUGGAGCGGCUGCUGGAUGAAGAAAUCGGCAGGGUACGCAAAGACAUGUACAAUGACACGGUGAACGGCGGCAUGUUCAACGGGCGGGACAUGGAGGAGCUUCCCGAAGCCAUCGGCCCUGUGGCUCAGCUGCAGGAGAAGCUCUACGUGCCUGUCAAAGAGUACCCUGACUUUAACUUUGUAGGGAGGAUCCUGGGCCCACGUGGACUGACGGCCAAACAACUGGAGGCAGAGACCGGCUGCAAGAUUAUGGUGCGAGGAAAGGGCUCCAUGAGAGACAAGAAGAAGGAGGAGAUGAACCGAGGGAAGCCCAACUGGGAGCACCUCAGCGAGGACCUCCACGUCCUGAUCACGGUGGAGGACACACACAACCGGGCCAAGAUCAAACUCCAGCGGGCCAUCAACGAGGUCAAGAAACUUCUGGUGCCAGCUGCUGAGGGGGAGGACAACCUGAAGAAAAUGCAGUUGAUGGAGCUGGCCAUUCUCAACGGGACCUACAGAGACGCCAAUGUCAAGACGCCCACCGCCGGCUUCCCUCUGGCGACCCCUCAGGCGCCCCGGAUCAUUACAGGCCCGACGCCCGUCCUGCCUCCCACCCUGCGCAACCCCGCCCCCGUCACCACGCCGACCAUCAUGCCUCUGAUCCGUCAGAUUCAGAGCUCCGCCCUUGUGCCAGGAGGCAAUCCGCACCCGGCGCUGGUGCAGCAAGGGCCCGAAUCUGGAAUCAUCUACACGCCCUACGAGUAUCCCUACACACUCACGCCCUCCAUAUUGGAAUACCCGAUUGACUCAACUGGAGUAUUAGGUAUGGCUUUCCCAACCAAAGGCUAAACGAUAGCAACUCUUCCUAGCACACACACGGACUGGCUUGCAGAGACCCCACCCCCCACCCCCCCACAUACUUGUUCCCCCAGAGCAAACACUCAGAGUUUGCUCAUACUUUAGGAUGACAGAUUCCUCGACAGUCAUUCUGUAGUCAAGUGUCCAUUCCUGUUAAUUUCCUCUUUGUAUUAGCAGACUAGUGUUGUGGUGUGACAGCUAUUUAACUUUUUUUAAUAGUUCAGCUUCUGCUUGUAAUUUUAACACAUUUUUAGUGAACCCAUAGGUAUUCUAGCGCCGCUGUUUGUGAUUUAAUAUAUGUUAAAGCUUAUUUUAAUCACAGAGCUAUAGAGUGACUUCGCUUACAGCUGAUGUUGAAUCUACUAGUGAAGCUUAGUGAGAAAUUAGUGGUUUGGAUUAAUAUUUUCUUUAGAGAACAGAAGACCACAAAACAACAAGAGUUCUGUCUCUUAGAAGUGAGAUGUUUUGACUUGUUUUCGCCCUUCAGCCUUGAACACUUUGUAUAUUCCUGAUGUUGGUGCCAUGGGUGGACUGUUUGAUGUCUUUCUGAUGAGUAACCUUCUGUGUUCUGUUUUGGCGAUGUCAAUGGCUGUUAGCAGGUGCCAUGACCACUAAGGUACGACGCCACGACAAGAGAAUCCAUCCUUACCAAAGGGUAGUGACCCCAGACAGAGGUUAGUUAGCUCACCAGCCACUUUAUGUGUAUGUGUGUGUGUGUUAGUGUGCGUGCAUGCAGACCAAUGGACCAAUUUCAGUUUACAUGUGUCUGUAAAACGGCAUGCCUAAAAAAAGAAGUAACUGUAUCAGGCGAAAAAAAGGUCACACGCUGAAGCAGCUUCAGUGCAAAAUGUGAAACGGUAUUUGUUGCAGUGAAAGUGAAAUAAGUGAGCAGAUUGGGAGGAACCACGUGAGGGGUGACAGCUGCAGCGGUUAUCUUUGCUCGCCUGGUAGAUAAACUGGAAGGCUUGCAGGCCGGGACCCUCUCAAUUAGAAUGGAUCACUCCGUUCAGGUGACUCGGUCCUUGUGACUCUGGGUUUGGAGUCCUCUCUCAGAAACUUUUUUUUUGUUGUUGUUGUUUUUAUCUCUUCACUACUACUUUUGACCCUGCAAAUAACUGUGGGAAGUUUUAUUUAUACCCAACUUCAUUCCAGUAGAUUUCCACAAAUGUUUUUUUUAUUAUUAUUAUGAAUUAAAUCCUGUGUUGUGCCCAAUGACUAUAUGACGCUUAAAGGAGCAGUGUGUAAGACUUAGGGGGAUUUAGUGCCAUCCAGCGGUGAGGAUUGCAGAUUGCAACCAGCUUCUCCUGGUUAGAAUUCCUUCGGUAUUCAUCAUUCAGAAAGUUUUUACUGGUAGCUGAAUUAUCUCUCUUGUCUCUUCUUCUUUAAAACAAACAAACCAGGUGAUUAAAACUGUUUAAAAAACACUGAAUGAAGCAGUUUCACGUUACAAAUCAG